CCCCGCGGCCCAGGCCUCGGUCAGCAACGGCGAGGACGCGGGCGGCGGCGCGGGCCAGGAGCUAGUGGACCUAAAGAUCAUCUGGAACAAGACCAAGCACGACGUGAAGUUCCCCCUGGACAGCACAGGCUCCGAGCUCAAACAGAAGAUUCACUCGAUAACAGGUCUCCCGCCUGCUAUGCAGAAAGUCAUGUAUAAGGGACUCGUGCCUGAGGAUAAGACGUUGAGAGAAAUGAAAGUGACCAGUGGGGCCAAGAUCAUGGUGGUUGGCUCCACGAUAAAUGAUGUUUUAGCAGUAAACACACCCAAAGAUGCUGCACAGCAGGAUGCAAAGGCCGAAGAGAACAAGAAGGAGCCUCUCUGCCGGCAGAAACAACACAGGAAAGUGUUGGAUAAAGGAAAACCCGAAGAUGUGAUGCCAUCUGUUAAGGGUGCCCAGGAGCGCUUGCCCACAGUACCGUUAUCUGGCAUGUACAAUAAGUCUGGAGGAAAAGUGAGACUCACCUUUAAGCUAGAACAGGAUCAGCUGUGGAUCGGCACUAAAGAGCGGACUGAGAAAUUGCCCAUGGGCUCCAUUAAAAAUGUGGUCAGUGAACCUAUCGAAGGACACGAAGACUACCACAUGAUGGCGUUUCAGUUGGGCCCCACGGAAGCCUCUUACUACUGGGUGUACUGGGUUCCAACUCAAUAUGUGGAUGCAAUCAAAGACACUGUGCUGGGGAAAUGGCAGUAUUUUUGAAAGCACUUUCACCUCUGGCCCAGGAGACUGACCCAAAGUGAAGGACAUUGCCGGGAGAGGCCUGCAGCAUUCCUGGAUUUCAGAGUUCUGGAACUUUGUUACAAAAAAAAUCUAUAUUCAAUCUAAGGCGAUGUGGUGACUGAAGCCAGAGGUGAUGUACUUUCACCAUUAGCUUAAUUUUAACUUAAAAUCACCGGUUCCCUUUCUUGCAGUCAGCUUCGUACCAUUUUUAAAGUCAAUACGGUGGAAAUCAAUAAAUUUGAAUUCUGAACAUGUUGUGUGGAAUACUCUUAAGUGUGUUUGAGAGUAGAUCUGCCAAUUAUGUUGAGAAGGUAACGAUCAAAAGCUUUUUUUUGUUUGUUUUUGUUUUUAAGUGAUUUCAACUGAAAUAUUUUCAUAAAUCUUUGGUUGCAAACAUUUGGACUGCGUUGUGAUGAGUUGGGGUUUUUUUUUGUUUGUUUCAUAUAAAAUUGUAUGCAAAAAUAGGGGGGGUUAGUAAGCCAUAUUUUUCUGUCCAUCGAUUCAGAUUUAAUUCUUUCCCUUUUUUAUUUUCUCACUUCCUAGAUUUGAGUUUUUGUUUUAAAAACCCAAAGAUGUCAGUUCCUCUUGUGGUACCUCAUGAAUGCUUCCUUUCCUGGCUCCCUCCCACCGAGCUGCUGCUCUCGUGAAUGCGCGGUGGGAGAGGAGAACUGUUUGGGCUCGGUCAGGGAGCGCUCACACUCGCUGUGGUGUGUGUUGAGCAGCAGAGUGUCUCACAGUGACUCCUGUCUAAACGUCUUGCCCUUUGGGCCCUAAUCUCUGGGGAGUUCCAUUGCUAGCUUGAUGGUUGUCUGCAACUCUCACUGGGCUUGGCUUUGAGGCUAGCCUGGCACGGGUACACCUGGGCUGUGCCGCCUAGAAGCCCCAGCCCCCAGGCAGAACUGAGGCCACUGAAAGCAGGAGCCAGGGAGAAGACCGUUUAUAACAGCCAUAUAGCUACAGAUGCAGAUACCUUCUUUCUUUGGAAGUUUUCAAGAAAUCCAUAAGCAGUCCAAUGGUUAUUUCAAUUAUGCUUCUCCAUUUGGUCCUUCUGCUCAUGUGUUAAGUUCAAGUGUCCUUUAUCCCAGGUUCAGAGAUGCUGCCUUUUGCAGUUAGAAGACAUGUCCCCUAGUGGGUUGGCCGAUGUUAUUUCAGCAACAAAAAUGGGAUAAAUUGCUUUCAUGAUUAGCUCACCCUCUUCUGGUUUUAGCCCGUGUGUUCUUCAUACACGUGAACUUCUGUGGUCUCCUGAUGGCUUGAUUGACUCUGAAAUGAGGGAAAGUCUCUUGGUGAAUGAUAUCCUUUGUGCUGUUUGCUGUUUCUCUGCUGCUGUCUUUGCAAUUCUCCUCUCACUGGAUGCAGGCUCUCAUAGUAAGGUUUGGCGAGAAAUUUUCCAAACUUCACGUUUUGGAUUCUAGGCUGUUACCCCUCAUUCUGUGAAACGUAUUAGCAUGUGUUCGCCUAAGAUGACUAUUCCUUGUGAGCCAGUUAAUGAUGAUCUGCGCCCUUCCCUUCUAAGCUGUAGUUCAGGAAUCCAGCCCAUAUAGACAGACUCUUGCUUUUUGUGGUGUAGUCAAUGCCAAGUUAUGCAUCUGGGCAGGAAAAUCUACUCUCUGCUUUUUUGGGGGCAUAAGUACAUAUGUGGAGUGCAGCAUCCAAGAAACUGCCUGUUUUUCAUCCCUUGAAAAAGGAACCAGUAACUCGGCCUGUAGCUCCUGGAGAAAGAGUGCUGCUUUGCUUCUUGUCCAAGCCUCCCUGUGCAGUUGACAGAUCACAGAGGAAAUGAUCACGUAGCGAGUAGAGCAUCGUCUUGGUUUGGAGACUGCCCUUGUCUGCCAACCCCUUUCCUAGGGACACAUCCCAACAGCGCCUCACGCCCACUGUGGAGCCCUUGAAGCGGCGUCUCCGUCUCCGGACUGGCCUCACUUGCAGCGCCGCCCUCAGAGGCCCGUCUGGCAGCUUUCCCCACGUGCCCUGUUUGUGUGACAUCCCUUCCUCCCAGGGAGAGCGCGCGUCCCAUCGUCUCCUGCUCCCCAAGGGCCAAAUCGCUUCUCACUCAGGCUGGUGUCAUUUCAAGAGGACCAAAGCCUGUGUGAGCCUUUUUAUUUUAAGUCAAAUGGUGCUUUUUUACUUACUUGGAGAUAUUAUAUAUAAAUAAUAAUGUAAAUGACAUCUUUUCGUAUGGAGCUGUUCGAGUAUUGCUUUACAGAGCUCACAUAAUUUGCUAUUGCAGCAAUCUUGAGCUCUGGCUCCUGACCCUGUUGCAUGGAAGACCUUACUGGAAGCUCUCGGGAGAGCAGAGGUCGAGAGCACCAGAAGCCCCUGGGAGAAGUGUUGAGAUCCAUGGUGGGGUCGCAGCAGUAUUCACUCUUUUGUCACUCAGUCCUGUGAACAGUGUCUUCAUGUAUUUCUUACAGUCUGGAGUGUACGAAGUCCGUGUAAGCAGGUUGAAAUACUCUUCUCCUUCAGUAGCACCACAGUGGUUUUUUUUUCCUUCAGGAUUAUUUCUGUACAAUUCCUUCAUUCUCAGAGGGGACCAGAUCUUCCCUCACUGUGGUAGAGGAUGUGCAGGUGGAUAAAGGAGAAGCUGGUUUCUGGUAGGGACUCUUAACAGCAUUACCUGGAAGUGGAGAUGGAGGGAGGGCUAGGGCUUGCCGUCUCUGCCAGGUCGACAACGCUUUGAGCCUCCUGGUGGUCUUUCUCUCCUGGGAUUUGUACUGGUGAUCCUCCUGUAGUCUUUGCUCAGAUGUCAUGUCUUUCUUUCCCUCCGUGAGGCAACUUGGCAGAGUAAUGCGACAUCAUGACCUGGGUGAGCCGGGUCCCCUCAGCUUUGUUGGUCAGAUCAGAGAAUCGAGAAAGACAGAGUCAGGAGUUGAUAGAACUCUUUGGUAUUAAGUGUUUUGAUCCAUGAUGGGCCUUUUGCAAGUAGCAAUAGCUCUUUUUAAAAUGAAGUUUAACUGAGCUGAGGAUGCACUUUCUUAUAAUCUGUGGACGUACAGUAGGGUCCCAUGCGAGGCCUUCAGUAGGCUCCUUAGUUGCUGCUUUACCUUAUGAGGGCCAAAGAGAUUAACUUUGCCACAUUGCCACGUCUUAGAAAAGUUGCCAUAUUUCACCCAGAAGAGGCUUGCUUUCUUCUUACCAUUUUAACCAUGUGCCUGGAGGAGCCAUCUGGGCUCUUGCACUUGGCCCACCCUUUCUUUGCUGGGGCGGGAAAGGGAAAGGGGUUAGAUUCAGUGUGCCAAGGGCCAUGCAAGGGCAGGCUUUCUUUUCACCCAUCUGCUGAGGGAGACCUUUUUCUCUCACUCCUUGCCUCUGUUCAUGCCUGUUGUCUUGGAAAAGGAUGGUCCCUUUGUCUUAAGGCUUUGUGAUAAAGUCAUCUCCAGUUCGAAUAGGCACCUGUUUCUUCUUACUAGGGCCUAGUGGCCUUUCUGAAGUUACAGGUGGUUGGGAGCCCUCUAAUGUGCAGAACAUCUGGUAGAUUUACCUGCCAGGCUGGGUGGUUCUACUGCUUCCUAAAUUUCAAAAAACCUCUUACUUUUUCUUUCGUAAAGAGUUCUGCAGAAUUAUUUGACACUAUAUGUAAGUACCAUGUUUCCUUGUGGUGUACGCUCUGUUCUGGUUCUGUUUUUAUAUCAAAUGCCUGUUUGGGAGGAGAUGAACGUAUUUAGUCUAUUAGAUUUGCGCUGCUGGAUUUUUUUUUUUUAAAGUGUAACCUUGACUAGCUGUCUUAUUGUUUAUCCUGUAAGAUUAGUCUAUCAAUUAAA